AUGCUCACUGACACUCCCGGGAAUAGUACCGUCAAAUACAGCGGCGCCUACACCCCCAUAGGCCCCGGCUACCUCGCCGUCUACGGCUGGACCACCGGGCCCCUGAUCGAAUACUACAUUGUGGAAAACCACGGCGACCUCGCGCCUGGUGAGCCGUGGACCAUCAAAGGCAAUUUUACCUUCGAAGAAGGGACCUACAAUAUCUUCCAAUCACAACGCGUGAAUAAGCCCUCCAUACAGGGCACGAGCACGUUUUAUCAGUAUUGGUCUGUGAGGACGGAGCCGAGGAGUAAUGGCACGGUCACGACGGGGAGGCAUUUCAUAGUACUCAAGCAAUCAAGCAGCGAUCCCAAUUAG